AUGGCUGAGACUACUGAGAAGAUCUCCAUCGAGAAGCUAAAAGGAGCAGAGAACUACCAGACUUGGAAGAUCCUGAUCGAAUUGCUUCUGACGGAGAAAGGCCUCAAGAGAUGCGUGGAAGAAGAGAAAAGAUCAGCCACAGAAUUGGCUGCCAGAACUGAAGCGGUCAAGACCAAGGAAGCAGAAGAUCAAGCAAAGGCUUUAGCUGCAAUUGGUCUGAGAGUCUCAUCAGAGUUUCUUGGUGUGAUCACAGAUGCGCAAGGAGGAAAGCUGACUGAAGUGUAUCUCGAAGAUGUGAGAUACGUGCCAGAAGCAGGAGUAAAUCUGGCCUCAAUGAGCAAGUUUCUGGGAAAAGGAGCAAAGCUGGGGAGUGACGGAGUGAUGUUGAAUCUGAGCAUAGCAGGGGAAAAGUUUCUGGAAGCGGUUUGCUGCAAAGGAGUCUCGGUGAUCUGCACCAAGGACAGGGAAGAAGUGGCGUUCGCCAGCAGACAGGUGGCUGAGGCGCGCCUUUGGCACAGGCGCCUUGGACAUGCAAGUUGCGACGCACUGGCCAAAAUGUCCCAAGAGACCCUGGUGGAAGGCCUCCCCCCUCCUCAAGCCUUCCGAAAAGCCGGAGAAUCCCUGUGCGAAGAUUGCAUCCUCGGAAAGCAAACCAGGAAGCCGUUCCAUCCCAGUGACCGAAAGAGCGAAGGGCCUCUUGAGCUCAUUCACUCAGACUUGUGCGGCUCAGUUCCCUGCAAGACAGCCGGCGGAGCCAAGUACGUCGUCACUUUCACUGACGACUACAGUCGAUGCAGUGUCAUUCAACUGCUGAAGACGAAGGACCAGGCAAAGCAAGCUCUCCGUGCUUACGUCAAUUUGGUCGAGAACCAGCUGGGAAAGAAAGUGAAGAAGAUUCAGAGCGAUCGAGGUGGGGAAUACUGGAACGGAGAAGUGAAAGACUACUGUGCUGAAACUGGCAUCUUUCACCAGAAGACAAAUCCUUUCUCCAGUCCAGAAAACGGGGUCGCCGAGAAGCUGAAUCGAACUCUCAUGGACAAGUCAAGAGCGAUGCUUUCCGAGAGCGAACUGGAGCUGAAGUGGUGGGGCGAGGCGAUCCUGACGGCGAACUACGUGAAGAACAGAACGGUGACCAAGAAACACGGAAAGACCCCCCUGGAGCUGUUCUUCGGGAAAAAGCCAAGUGUUCAAAACCUCCGAGUCUUCGGUUGCCGCGCCUUUGUCCACACCCCAGCUCAGAAAAGGACGAAGCUCGACCCAGUCUCAAAGCCCGGGGUUUUCCUGGGGUACGAACCCGGAACGAAGGGGUACCGAAUCCUGCUGACGUCAGAUCUACGAACGAUCGUCAUCAGCAAGGAUGUUACCUUCGACGAGCGGGAGAAGGAGGAGAGCGACCUCUGGGAAUUCGAAGUUCCGCUGACGGCCUCUCCAACCCCGUCAGAGCCGGCAGCUGCAGAGCCCGAGGGAGAGAAGGAAGCGGAAAUCCGAACUCCAGGGAGAGUGGAACCGGGGAGAGCGGAACCGGAAGAGCGGAACGAAGCGACGGAACUCCCAGAAGCGGAAACCAGGGCGGAACCGGAACCGGUCAGAAGCGCGCGCGUCAGAAAGCCCAGCCAGUGGUACAACCCCGACGACUGGUUAACGGCAAACGCGGCGAAGGAAACGGAAGAACCGGUCGAACCAAAGUCCCUGGGGGAAGCGCUCAACAGUCCUGAAGCGGAGCUCUGGCGAAAGGCAAUGGACGAAGAGUUCGGGAGUCUUCAGGAGAACCAGACGUGGGAACUCGCUGAGCCGCCCUCCGGAGUGAAACCCAUCCCCUGCAAGUGGGCCUUCAAGUUGAAGCGAGACGAGAACGGGCAGAUCAACCGGUACAAGGCAAGACUGGUGAUCAAGGGUUUCCGGCAGAAGAAGGGAGUCGACUUUGAAGAAGUCUUUGCCCCCGUGAGCCGGCAUGUGACUCUUCGGACCCUUCUGGCAGUUGCAGCGGUGGAAGACCUGGAGGUGGAUCAACUGGACAUCAAAACGGCCUUCCUAAACGGGGAACUCGACGAAGAAAUCUGGAUGGAGCAGCCAGAGCUCUUCCAGACCGGCGGACCGAAGCUGGCCUGUCGCCUCAAAAAGUCCCUGUACGGUCUCAAGCAGGCUCCACGUGUCUGGUACUUGAAGCUGGCCAAGGAGAUGGAAGGUCUGGGGUUUGAGCCUUCGGCGGCGGAUCCAGCUCUGUUCAUCCGGGAGAGCGAGAGCGACGGAAGAGCGUUUGUGGCGGUCUGGGUGGACGACGCGCUGGUAGUCGGGAAGAAGUCGGUGGUCGGAAACGUCAAGGCGGCGCUCGCGCGGAUCUUCGAAGUGAGAGACUUGAGGCCGGUGAACUACUUUCUCGGAAUGGAAGUGAAGCGCGAUCGGGAGAAUCGGACAGUAACCCUGACUCAGAAGCGGGCGGCAAAGGACCUGCUCGAAGACUACGGAAUGAGCGCGACGCGGCCGCGAGGCGUCCCGCUAAACCCUGGCGAAAAGGUGCAGAAGGAGGGAGAGGCUUUAGACACGGAGCGGUGUCCCUUCCCGAGCCUGGUCGGCAGCCUCAUGUACCUAGCCAACUGCACAAGACCGGACCUGGCCCAAGCGACGGCGUCCCUGGCGAGAUUCAUGAGCUGUCCCACGGAAAACCACUGGCGUUUGGCGAAAGGCGUCCUGAGCUACUUAGCCGGAACCACGGAUCAGGGGUUAACCUUCGGAGAGGGGCCUUUAGAGUUCUCGGGGUUCUGUGACGCUAACCACGGGGGCGACCUGGAUACCCGGCGCAGCACGACCGGUUAUGUCUUCGUGUUUGGCGGCGCGGCAGUGAGCUGGUCAAGCAAGUUACAGCAGACCGUAGCGUUCAGCACAGUUGAGGCGGAAUACAUGGCGGCCGCUCACGCGGCAAAAGAAGGACUCUGGAUCCGGAAGCUUGCGGUGCACCUGGGGAUCAAGUGCGGACAGUUGCUGAUCCAGAGCGACAACCAAGGGGCCUUGCAGCUCAUCAAACACCCCAUCACAUCCCAGCGCUCAAAGCACAUAGACAUCACCCAUCACUUUGUGCGCGAGCGUGUCAUCCGGAAGGAGCUCAAGUUCGACUACUGCCCGACCAAGAAGAUGCCAGCCGACUUCCUGACCAAGCCUUUGAACCAGCAAAAGUUCGAGGAGUGUAAGAAGAGAGUCGGCAUGACAUAA